GGAAGGAGCAAUAGAAGGAGCAACAGGAGCCGAUGCCUGGGCAGUAUGACAAUAAUAGUCGGAAAGAUGGGCUGGGGGGCGUCGGUUUCGGACAGGGGGCAGGGGAGGGGAGGACGACGAACUAACCUGGCUUUCGGUGGAGGUGUUGCUGGGUUCUGCGCUGCCUGGGGACGCACUGCCGGAAGAGAAAGCAGUGGGUUGGGGGUGGCUGGCGGCAGUUUCGGCAGCAGUUUCGGCAGUGUGUGGAGUAGGGAAGUCGGCAUGCAGAGCCGAUUCUCUGUUCCUCGGCCUAAGCAUGGCAUCCCCCGUCUCAGAAAACUUCCGUUUUCUGAACUUGGUGACGUUUUGCAUGAUUUUGAACGCAAACUAACCCUUACUGAUGAUGCGGCUUCCACCGUGGUGGCUACUGCCCAUGCUACUCAACGCCAUCCCUCUACUGGCCCACGUCCACACAUUGGCAGUGCUUCUGGUUCGUCGGCAUCGUUCUCUCGGUCCUCUGGUAAUCAACGUUUUUCUUCCGGGGGGUCCUUCAAGUCGUCCCGCCGUCAUGAUGGGUCCUCUCCAGCUUGCCACUUCUGCUCCAUUCCCGGGCAUGACAUUAAAGUUUGCCGUAAACUGGCUCGCCUUCUCCGUGAACAUGGCAUGCAGACGAUUUCUUCUUCGGCUCCUGCGGUCCACGCCACCACUCUUCCUGCUGGUGGGAUGACUCAGUGGAUGUUUGACAGUGGUGCAAGUCACCACACUACUCCUGCGCCUCAGCAUCUCCAAUCGUUCGCUGACUAUGGGGGUCCUGAUGAGAUUCGCCUGGGCAACGGACAAGUUGCUAAGGUUUCACGGCUCUACCUUGCAUAUGGCCGAGCGUGUCAGCGAAUCCGAGUGUGCCACCUCUGUGACGUGCUUGAUGUCCUUGGCCGAGCCUAACAAGUAUGGGCAUAGGUAUCUCGGUCUAUAUCUCCAUCAAUAUUAUUCUAGGAAAAAUUGAAUGAAUGUUUAAUCAUUAAUUUUAAGUUAUAUUUUGCUUUUUUUUCCUUCUUUCUUUUCCAAAUAAAUAAAGUUAAGAAUGUACUCCCUCCAUUCCAAAAUAUUUUCUGGUAUAAGUAAAACAAGGUUUAAGCU